UCAACACAUUUUUCUUCGCUGAGAGAGAAUAAUUUAAAAGAGGGUACAUUAGGAGACAGAAGAGGACGAAGGAGCACAAAUACGCCUCCUUUAAAUUUCAUUUCCACAAAAUCUGCAACUUUUCUGUUCAUCCAAACAAGUCUAUUCAAUUCUCUCGGCCAAAAUAUCAAUUACUCCUUCUCUGAUUCAUACCCAAAUCAUAAAAAUUCAAGCAUUCAAUUCAAAAUCAAUAUUUUUCAUUUUUCAAGCUUUCUUUUAUGGUCUCUUUGACGACCCAAAUCCUAUUGAAUAUUCCCAGAGAAGCUCAUUUACAUGUUCCAAAGAAAUCGAAAUCGAAAUCGAUAUUGAGGAACGGGUGUGGCGGGAGAAGUGGUGGGGUGGAAUUGAAGUUACCGACCAGGAGAAUGGCAACAGAAGUGGUGAUGAAGACGACGGACGUGGCGGCGUCUACGAUAAUCCUGACGUCGGGGGCUAGCGGGCGCAUCAACGCGCUAUUCUCGCUGCGAGUGUUGAGGAGUCUGUUGAUGUUGAUAAAUGCUUUCGUUUUGAUAUUGCUGUUGCCGUUCCGGAGGCGUCGCAUUUCCGCUACGCCUUCUUCGGUUUCGGGUUCGAUUUCGUCGCCGUCGCCGGAGAAAGGGAAGGAGGAGAAACAUGGUGAGAACGCUAGUGGUGGUGGUUGUAGUCAGAGGAAAGGAGGAGGAGGAGGGAGAGGACCGGUGGUGAGGGUUCCGCCCACGAUUGUGCCGUGGAAGAGCUGCAGCUCGGCGGCGGUGGUGGUGGAUCAGGAUGUGGCGGCCAGAAGAGCGAUUGCUAUUGGAAGAGUGGUUCAGGAUGAGGAUGACAGGGUGGUCCGGGAGUAUUCAAUCUUUUCAACGCAUAGAAAUGACACUUUGUUCACUCAAUCGUGGACUCCUGUUUCAGGCAAAAUCAGGGGACUGGUUGUAAUUUUGCAUGGCCUGAAUGAACACAGUGACAGAUACAGUGAUUUUUCAAAGCAGCUGACUGAAAAUGGAUUCAAGGUUUAUGGAAUGGACUGGAUUGGACAUGGUGGAAGUGAUGGACUGCAUGCAUAUGUUCAUUCUCUUGAUGAUGCUGUUACUGAUACGAAAUUAUUCCUUGAGAAGGUUUUAGCUGAGAAUCCAGGGCUUCCAUGUUUUUGCUUUGCACACUCGACUGGUGCAGCUAUAGUCCUCAAGGCUGUACUUGAUCCAAAGAUUGAAGGUUGCAUAGCAGGUGUUGUACUGACUUCACCUGCUGUAGGAGUUCAGCCAUCACAUCCAAUUUUUGCGGUACUCGCCCCCAUUUUCUCGUUCUUGUUGCCAAAAUAUCAAUUCAGUGCUGCCAACAAGAAGGGCUCGAUAGUUUCCCGGGACCCACAAGCGCUCCUGGACAAAUAUUCUGACCCGCUUGUAUAUACGGGAUCCAUCAGGAUAAGGACUGGUUAUGAGAUUCUUCGAAUCUCAUCCUACUUGCAGCAGAAUCUAAGCAGAUUUAGAAUCCCCUUUCUAGUUCUCCAUGGCACUGCUGAUACUGUAACUGAUCCGAAAGCUACCCAAAGACUAUAUGAAGAGGCCUCUUCAGUAGACAAAACCAUCAAAUUGUUCGAAGGAUUGUUACACGAUUUACUCUUUGAACCUGAACGAGAAGAAGUUGCGAAGGACAUCAUCGAUUGGUUGAAUUGUAGGGUAAAAGGUUAGGCGGUGCAUGGAGGGAAGAAAAAUGUCUUAUCGCAGGAGCUUAGCUGUGGAUUGCUGCUUGCAGUUUGUUCCAGUUGCAGAUGAGAAAAAAAGUUGUGUAGCUCAAUAAAAUUCAAUGAUUGAAUGACUCAAGUGUUGAAAUUAACCUGGCACCACUGGAUUUUCAUAUAUUGCAAAACUACAUUCGGAGUUCUAACGAGCCCUGUAAACUAUGUUUAUGGUCAUGUUGCUUUGAUGUUCUAGGGCAUAUUCAUCAUACCCAGACUGUAAAAAUGCAGGUUGGGUAGGGUGGGACAGUUGCUGCCUGUUUGGAUCUAAAAUUGAUAAUAGAAUGACCGUUGCUUGCUUGUGAUUUUAUAA